AUGGCUUUAGAAGAUUAUAAAGAAGUUGUGGGAUUUUGUGCCAUGUAUACUACAAUGGCACAAAUGUUAUCUGGCACAUUUAUAUGUCGCAAUAUACAUAAGAAAGGUUCUGCUAGAGGAGUUGAUCCAAUGCCUUUCCUUGGUACCAUAGGAUUGUGUAUAUUGAUGCUUCGAUACGCUUGGAUGUUAGGUGAUUCUAACAUGAUAAAUAUUAAUAUAUUUGGUUUAUUGACAAAUAUGAUUUAUAUGAUAAUUUACUAUUAUUAUGCACCAAAUACGAAGGAGGUACUUAAAUUAAUAUAUAAAGUAACAAUCUUUGUUGGAAUUUUUCUUGUCUAUGCACAAAUGGAACAUCCAGCAAAUGUUGAAUUUAGAUUCGGUAUUGUGGUUACAGUACUUCUCCUUCUUUUAAUUGCAGCUCCUCUUGCGCAUCUUAAAAAUGUUAUAAAAACGAAAAACACAGAAAUUCUUCCAUUUCCACUUAUAUUUAUGGGUACAUUAGUUUCAUUUCAGUGGUUAUUGUACGGCUUUAUCAUUGACAAUGUUUUUAUUAUUUUUCAGAAUGCAAUUGGUUUCAUUCUUAAUAUAGCUCAGUUAUCUUUGUUCGUGAUAUUUCCAUCUAAAAAAUCACAAGUUGACUUAUUGAAUGACCACAGAAAGGAAAAUUAAUUUUUUUAAUUUUUUAAAUAAAAAAUAUUUUUUAUUU